AUGAUGGUUCUCUCCUUCAUCCGGAAGCUGGACCCCGCCUACCAGGUGGACAAGGGCAACAAGAUCCGGCUGAUGGUGGAGCUCAGCAACCCCGACCUGCCGCUCAAGUGGUACAAGAACGGGCAGCUCAUCAAGCCCAGCAACAAAGCCACCAGUGACCAUCGUGAAGGGCCCCGAGGACCAGCAGGUGGUGGCUGUCACCUGCUGUCCCCUCACGUGUCCCCUGUGUCCCCAGAGCCACCGGUGACCAUCGUGAAGGGCCCCGAGGACCAGCAGGUGGUGGUGGGCGAGCGCGUGGUGCUGGAGGUCGAGGUGUCCGAGGAGGGCGCGCAGGUCAUGUGGACGAAGGACGGCGUGGAGCUGACGCGCGAGGAGACCUUCAAGUACCGCUUCAAGAAGGACGGCAAGAAGCACUUCCUGAUCCUCAACGAGGCCACCAAGGAGGACACCGGCCGCUACCGCAUCAUGACCAACGGCGGCGAGGCCGAGGCCGAGGUCAUCGUGGAAGAGAAGCAGCUGGAGGUGCUGCAGGGCAUCGCGGACCUGACGGUGCAGGCCACGGAGCAGGCGGUGUUCAAGUGCGAGGUGUCGGACGAGAAGGUCACCGGGCGCUGGUUCAAGAACGGCGUCGAGGUGCGGCCCAGCAAGCGCAUCCACAUCUCCCACACCGGCAGGUGAGAGCCAAAAAAACCAAAAAUUGAAAUGAAAAAAAUU